AUGUCCAAGGAGGGCUUUCUAUUACUACAUGAUGAAGGCCUUUGUAGUCAUAUUUACUAUGGUGUCUUAGGUGAGGGUAAAUUACAAUUUUAUACGAAACGUGAUCGUGGAGUAAUGGUACGAGAGAUUAUUCUCUCUCGUUCGAGACUUAAAGUCCGUGGUAUCUCAGACGCUGAUGGUCGUGGCUGUCCUUACAGUUUUUCAGUACGACUACAGCGUUCUAGGAUAAGAGAUGGUAGAGUGUUAGUAUAUGGGACACCAGUGCAUUUGGUAAUGAGUGCACCUACGUGGGGGGAGCGUAAAGCAUGGGGUAAUGCUAUUCAUGCUUGGCAACGUAACUAUUGGGGUGAGCCACAGCACAGGGACUUGGGUCUAGCACCUGAUGAGCUGGAAGUAUUUUUUGAGACGCAGUAUAAAGCACUACAAAUGGUGUUGGAGACAGUGAUGCCCGAUUUGACAAAGCAGGAUAAAGGGAGAUCGAAGAGACCGAGAGCAGCGACUGCUGCAGCAGCAGCCAUAGCUGUGCCGAAAGCUUUGUUUGGGAGAGCACAGGCAGUGAAGACAGUGGGCAAUAAAGUAAGUCAGAAGAUGAGAGAAAAGGCCGUGGCAUUCUCGUUGCCUCCAUUGGGGCUAAGUGUCUUUACGUCGGUGCAAAACCCACCGACAGUGUGA